GCAGCGGCGAAGGGCGGGGCUCGCGCGCACGCUCCAAAAUGGCGGCGGUCAGUGCGGCCGGUCCAGCUGCUAAUGUGUUCGCGUUCCGCGAUGCCCGUGCCGCGCCGGAUCCGGUUCUGGAGGCCGGCCCAAUGGCACAUGGACCACUGCCUGUGCCACUGGUGCUGGACAACGGGUCGUUCCAGGCCCGUGCCGGCUGGGCGUGCCCGGGGCCGGACCCGGGCCCCGAGCCGCGCCUGCAGUUCCGCGCCGUGUGCGCCCGCGGGCGUGGCGGGGCCCGGGGCGGGGCGGGCCCGCAGGUGGGCAACGCUCUGGGCAGCCUGGAGCCGCUGCGCUGGAUGCUGCGCUCGCCCUUCGACCGCAAUGUGCCGGUCAACCUGGAACUGCAGGAGCUGCUGUUUGACUACAGUUUCCAGCACCUGGGUGUCUCCUCACAGGGCUGUGUUAAUCAUCCCAUAGUUUUGACAGAAGCCGUGUGCAACCCACUGUAUUCACGACAAAUGAUGUCCGAGCUUCUUUUUGAGUGCUACGGGAUUCCUAAGGUUGCCUACGGCAUAGACAGCCUCUUCAGUUUCUACCACAAUAAGCCAAAGAACUUGACUUCCAGUGGGCUCAUCAUUUCAUCUGGAUACCAGUGUACACACAUUUUACCCAUCUUAGAAGGGAGGUUAGAUGCUAAAAACUGCAAACGCAUCAAUCUGGGAGGAAGCCAAGCAGCUGGCUACCUCCAGCGUCUCCUGCAGCUGAAGUAUCCUGGGCACCUGGCAGCCAUCACUCUCAGCCGCAUGGAGGAGAUCCUGCACGAGCACAGCUACAUAGCUGAGGAUUACGUGGAAGAAUUGCAAAAAUGGCAGUGCCCUGAUUAUUAUGAAAACAACGUCCACAAGAUGCAGCUCCCAUUCUCCAGCAAGCUCCUCGGCAGCACCCUGACCUCUGAGGAGAAGCAGGAGAGGCGGCAGCAGCAGCUGCGGCGGCUGCAGGAGCUCAACGCCCGGCGGCGGGAGGAGAAGCUGCAGGUUGAUCAGGAGCGGCUGGACAGACUGCUCUACGUGCAGGAACUCCUGGAGGAUGGCCAGAUGGAUCAGUUUCGCAAAGCUCUGAUGGAGCUGAACAUGGACUCCCCAGAAGAGCUGCAGUCCUACAUCCAGAAGCUCAGUUCCGCAGUGGAGCAAGCUAAGCAGAAAAUCCUCCACGCAGAAGUCAGCCUCGAGGUGGACGUGGUGGACAGCAAGCCAGAGACCCCUGACCUGGAGCAGCUAGAACCCUCUCUGGAAGACGUGGAAAGCAUCAAUGAUUUUGAGCCCUUGUUUUCCGAGGAAACGCCUGAGGUGGAGAAGCCAGUCACCACUGUCCAGCCCGUGUUUAACUUGGCAGCAUAUCAUCAGCUGUUUGUUGGGACAGAAAGAAUUCGAGCUCCAGAAAUUAUCUUCCAGCCGUCUCUCAUAGGAGAAGAGCAGGCUGGGAUAGCAGAGACCCUUCAGUACAUUCUGGGCAGGUACCCAAAGGACGUUCAGGAGAGGCUGGUUCAGAACGUCUUCCUCACUGGCGGGAACAUGAUGUACCCUGGGAUGAAAGUUAGAAUGGAGAAGGAGCUGUUGGAGAUGAGACCCUUUCAGUCUUCUUUUCAGGUUCAGCUUGCCUCUAACCCUGUGCUGGACGCCUGGUAUGGUGCUCGUGACUGGGCCUUGGACCACCUAGAUGACGAUGAGGUCUGGAUCACCAGGAAAGACUAUGAGGAAAAGGGAGGAGAGUACUUCAAGGAGCAUUGUGCUUCCAACGUCUACGUCCCCAUCCGCCUGCCGAAGCAGGCUUCUCGCUCCUCAGAAGCCCCGGCCUCCGGCAAAGGCUCAGCAGCCAGUGGAGGUGGUGCUGGCGAGCAGGCGUAAGGGAGGGGCCUCCAGGGACCUUGGGCCACGUCGGCCAGUGACAGGACACUGACUGUGCUAGCUGUGUCUGCCCCGAGUCUGCUGGUAACAUUGGGCUGCAAGAUGGAUUUCUCCUGAGGAGAACAGUUAGGGACACUGGGAGUUACUCUUUAGAACUGUGUUCAUUUGGGGCUUCUGCAGUGAAGAAACUAAGUGGCCUUCUGGCAGCUUUGUUGAACCAUGGCAGAGCUGUGGCGUCCACUUUCUUCAGCAGUAAAUGAAGACGGGGUGGGGGACAGAGAUGUACAAAACGCACAAGGCUUAUUUCUUACUGCAUUUUGAAGCCUUUUUAAUUUUAAUUUUAAUUUUUUAAAAUCCUUUAAAAU